GGGGAAUGAGAGGGGGGGGGGGGGAAGGCGGAGAGAAGGAGCAAGAAGGGAAAAGAGAGAAAAUAAAAGGAGAGAUUGAUAGAUUCAGACAGAGCCACAAAAGGAGAAUUGGAAAACCAACUGUUUACUCCAGCCUUUUUCUCCAAAGAAGCCAUACUACUCUGAGAGAUGGGCUGCUACCCAACUGUUGUGUUUCUGUACUGUUUCUGUGGGCUUGUUGCUGUUUGGGCACAGCCAACUGCAACAAAAGAAUCAGUCGUAGAAGUGCCAGAAGACUGUAGAGAGGAGAUGUACCCCUGUACUAGGAUGUACUCUGUCCAUCAGCCUACAAAGACAUGCAUCCAUGCCAUGUGCAUUUAUAGUCUUCGCCGAGUUUAUGUGAUCAACAAAGAGCUCUGUAUGAAGACUGUAUGUCCACAGGAGGAGCAACUGAAAGCGGAACUAUGCAGAGAGAAAUCUGGCUGGCCCAAAAGACUUCAGAGAUCAACUCAAAAAAUGACUGGAUUACCAGUAAGACCGAAACAGAGGAAACCGGGACAAAUGCAAAGACUGAGUGAUCAUGAAUAAUAAAGUGCAGGCUGGAAAGAUGGAUGAAGCAUUUAAACAAAAACAACUAUGUUAUUUUGAACUUUGUGUUCAAGUUUGUGGGUAGGGGUGUCUUUUAACUCUAGCUUAUAUUUUAUUUACUAUAUUAUUGUAAGGUCAUUUCUCACUGUACGUUAGAUGAGAUACAGUGAGGUCCAAAAGUUUGAGAUUUCAUUUUGAAAAAUUCCAAAAUAAUAUAUAAAAAUCAAGAUUCUG